AUGUCUCCCCACCCAUCCCCACCUGCAUCCCCCUCUCCAGGUCCCACCUGCAUCCCCCACCCGUGUCCCCCCAUCCAGUGUCCCCCCACCUGCAUCUCCCCACCCAUCUCCCCACCCGUGUCUCCCCACCUGUGUCCCCAAUCUGCAUCCCCAAUCUCCUGCAUCCCCAACCAGUGUCCCCAAUCUGUGUCUCCCCACCUGUAUCCUCCCCACCUGCAUCUCCCCAUCUGUGUCUCCCCAAUCUGUGUCCCCACCUGUGUCUCCCCACCUGUGUCUCCCCCACCCGUGUCCCCAAUCUGUGUCCCCAUCCAGGUCCCCCCCACCCUGUGUCCCCCAACCUGCAUCCCCACCCUGCAUCCCCUCUGUGUGUCCCCACCUGCAUCCUCCCCACCCAUGUCUCCCCAUCCAGGUCCCCAACCUGUGUCCCCACCUGCAUCCCCAUCUGCAUCCCCCUCUGUGUGUCCCAACCUGCAUCUCCCCACCCGUGUCCCCAUCCGUGUCCCCAACCUGCAUCCCCCACCUGUAUCUCCCCACCUGUGUCUCCCACCCAUGUCUCCCCACCUGCAUCCUCCCCAACCUGCAUCUCCCAAUCUGUGUCUCCCUCACCUGCAUCUCCCCACCUGCAUCUCCCACCUGUGUCUCCUCACCUGUGUCCUCACCUGUGUCUCUCACCCAGUCUCCCCACCCAGGUCUCUCACCUGUGUCUCAUCCAGGUUCCCCACCCAAGGUCCCCAAUCUGUGUCUCACCACUGUCCCCACCCAGUCCAAUCUGCAUCCCCAAUCUGUCCCCAUCAAUUUGAAAACUUAUUCUUUAAUGUUUGA